AGAUCUUCGCGGUCUUGGGCCUGGCUCUGAUGAUCUGGAUGCUUCCCUUCUUCUUCAUCAACCGCGGCUUAUGCUGUCGCUGCUUCCAGCGAUGUUUGUCGCGACAUCUAAGCUGUUAUUUUUGCCUCGGUCUUCUCUUCGUCCUUUCGGCGGUGAGUUUCAUGGUGGCCAAGGAGCCUGACGUGAAUGCCAAUGACUUGUUCUUCAAAGUGGUGGAGGUGCUGGAAUUUUUCUCCGAGAAGCUGUCGCAGAUCUUGAUGCAAGUGACGUUGGUGCUAGGGAUCCUGGUGGCGCUGCUGAUGCGGAAGAAGAUCGUGAGUCUUCUCGGCUAUGAUUCUCAGAUUGUUCGGGCGGAUUUGAAGGACGUUUUGACGCUCUUCCAGGCCCAGCGAUUCUCGCCCAUUGAGGUGACGCUCUGGAAAGUGUCAGGCCUCCCAGCGGCGUUUUCCACGCGGACGCUCUUCGUGCGGAUGCUGUUGGGCUACAACGAGCCCCAACAUUCCCGUCCCCACGACGGACGGACCGACUCCAUGGUCCUGCGCGAGAAGUUUCAGCUGAACUACGACCAAGAGGACGAGACUCAACAGCUGUCGAUCGUCAUCAAACAGCAAGAGUUGGUUGGAAACGCCGUAUCGCAGCUGGCGCCUGUGGCGGGUGCCCUGGUCGGUGCCGCCGGUGGCCUAGUCACCCCUUUGGGCCCCACGGCGGGCGCCGGGCUGGGUGUGGUGACCGGUGUGGGCGCGGCCAAUUCCCUCGGAGUCGAGGUGGCUCGUGUUGAUCUCUCGAGCGCCAUGGUGAACCGCUUUCGCAACGCCGCACGCGGGGCACAGGCGGAGAAACUGGAAGUUGCUAAGAUCGGAGGAGACUUUGAGGAUGAAACCAGACCAGUUUUUGGGACGUUUGACCAGUAA